UACCCCCCUCCCCCGCACGUCCAGAUGGUGACGUCACACGCCCAGAGGCUCGAUAUAGGCUAUGACGUCAGCACCCCAGCCGCUGAGACGAGGAGCGGCAGGGAGCGAGAGAGAGAGACGCAGAGAGAGAGACGCAGUGAAGACAUCCAUCCAUUCAUUCUUUCUUGCAUUCCGUUGAUUGUUCUGCAGCAGUAGCAGCAGCAGUAGCAGCAGCGUUUCCCAUCGACAACAGCAACCGUCGUCAGCGUCGGCACUACCACCAGCGUCAUUGGUGUUUGCAGGCCUCUGCGAUAGAGAUUGAGAAAGUUGUUGUGGUUGUUGAGAGAGAGCGAGUUAAGAGAGGAGGUGGAGGCGGCGAGGACUCGAUCCGGUUGGCCAUUAUGAACCCGGCCGACUCGCCCGCUGUGCUCAUCACGGACGCAGCGGGAGGGCGAUCGUUCAUCCGCGGGCGACUACUCGGCAAGGGCGGCUUUGCGCGGUGCUACGAGGCCACGGACACGGCCACGCAUAAGGUUUACGCCAUCAAGGUCAUCCCGCACUCGCGCAUCGCCAAGCCCUACCAGCGCGAAAAGGUCGAGCGCGAGGUGGAGCUGCACGGUACGCUGCGUCACCCCCACGUCGUCCGCUUCCACUGCCACUUCCAGGACGCGGAGAAUGUCUACCUCCUGCUGGAGCACUGCAGCCGGCGGUCGCUGGCCCACGUGAUCAAGGCGCGGAAGUUCCUCACCGAGCCCGAGGUGCGCUACUUCCUGCAGCAGAUCGUGGCGGGGCUCAAGUACCUCCACGCAUGCGGAGUCGUGCACCGUGACAUCAAGCUGGGGAAUUUCUUCAUCACGGAGCGGAUGCAGCUGAAGAUCGGAGACUUUGGGCUCGCGAUGAGGCUCGGCGAGGGAGUGGAACAGAAGAGGACGAUCUGCGGGACUCCCAACUACCUCGCUCCGGAAGUUCUCAACAAGCAGGGCCACGGGCGCGAGGCCGACGUGUGGGCGUUUGGCUGCAUUGUCUACACACUGCUGGUGGGGCGCCCCCCGUUUCACGCGGGCGAGCUGCGCGACACGUACCGGAGCAUCCGCGAGGCGCGCUACCCUCUGCCCGCGACGCUGGGGCACUCGGCGCGCUCGCUGCUCGGAGGCCUGCUGCGGCUGGCGCCCGGCGAGAGGCUGGGCCUCGACGGAGCCCUGCAGCACCCCUUCUUUACACAGGGCUUCACGCCGGAGCGACUGUCCAGCAGCUGCUGCUACUGCCCCCCCGACUUCCCGCAGGAGCUGAGCCCCCCGCGGGCGCUGCUGGUGCGGGCGCGGGACCUCAUCUUCGGCAGCGGUGGCAGCAGCGGCCGGGGCGACAAAGCGAGCCGCGACACGGCCCCCGCCGAUGUAAAGCAGCAGGACGAGUCCUUCUCCGAGGAGCUGGCGAGGAGAACGGCGCUGCUGCUGCGCGUCAAGGAGGACGACACCGGGAGCAAGAAACCGCCGCUGUCGCCGGUCCCCACGUGGCUGCAGUGGAAGUGCCGCGCUCGACGCCGCGACUCGUGGGUGCGCGAUGCCCCGGGCUUGCCGCAGCAAUCCGGCACGGCCACCGCCACCUCGCCACGAUCCGCCGCCGCCGCCGCCGCCGCCACAACAGACUCCCCAACCGCCGCCUCUCCACCGCGCGGCGGCGCCACCACCGCUGCCACCACCGCUGCCACCACCGCUGCCGCCACCGCUGCCACCACCACCGCUGCCACCACCACCGCUGCCGCCACCGCUGCCACCACCGCUGCCACCACCACCGCUGCCACCACCACCACGCCACCGUGGGCAAGCGCGAGCCAAGCGGGCGCCACCACGCCGACGACGCCGCCGCUGCCGCCGCCCCCUGGCACCGUGAGGAUUCUGAGCGCGGCCGCGCCCCCCUCCACGGACUCGAUAGAUUUCAUGGGAAAUGACACACUGCUGAGCAUCACCAACACCUUCCUGGAGCUGCUCAACCAGUGCCUGGAGUCCACGCAGAUGGUGCCGCGCUGGGAGGAGGUGGCCGCGGCCGCGGCACCGCCGGGCGCCGAAUCUCCGCCGCUGCUCUGGGCCGUCAAGUGGAUCGACUACUCCAACAAGUACGGCUUCGGCUACCAGCUGUCGGACCGCAGCGUCGCCGUCCUCUUCAACGACGCCACGCACCUCCGCCAGCUGCACGACCGCCGGACGAUCCACGCGUGCGUGCGAGGGCGGCUCAGCGUGCUGCUGGAGCCCCCUGGCCCGGACGUCGCGGCACCGCUGUCGACGCACGCCAGCGUCCUGCGCUACCUCGCACGCUACAUGCAGGACAACCUGGUGGAGGGUGCUGACCUCCCGUCUCCCCCGAGCGAGCCCUCGGACGGCCCGGAGCCGGUGCUGCUCAAGUGGAAGAAGACCGACUCCGCCAUCCUGCUGCUGUUCAGCCACCACGUCCUGCAGGUGAACUUCUUUGGCGACCACACGAAGGUGAUGCUGAGUCGGCACGCGGGCGACCGGUGGCUCCUGACGUUCGUGAACGAGGAGCGUGCCGUGACGACGCGCCCGCUCGACUCGCUGCACGCGCACGGAGUCUCUCCCGCGCUGCGCUAUCGCCUGCAGGUUGCUCGCAAACUCCUGCGGUAGCCACUUCGCCCGCCCAUCUGCCUCGUGUCCUUGAGUGUGCGCCUGUUGGCCCGAGGCUGGCUCGCUCGCUCAAGUGAUUUAUCGGUGGUCACCGAUUCCUGGAUUCGUUUUGGAACGGUGUUCAAUUUGGUCGUCAGUCCACUCGGCCACCAUCGUUCAGCGACUGGAUUAAGUCGUUAUUGAAACGUUCAUUGGCGUAUUCAUCAAUUUUCUUUUGUGCCCAUAUUCGAUUUGGUCGAUUUUACCAAUUUAUUUAUCAGCCAAUUAAUAAUUUGUUUACUUGUCACGAUGCUCCAGUAGCCAACACCAGAUUGACGGCUGUCAGCCAUCUCGUUGCCCAAUUGAUACGUUCCGCGACCGAUUCACUCGUUCAUUGAUGCAUUUUUUGUCCAUUGAUUUUGAAUUUCGCAUAUCCAUUCGUUCAGCGCCUUCAUUGAGCGACUCGUCAAUGUAUCCGCUUACCGACUUAUCCGUUCGUUCCCUGCGCGUAGAUUUAAAAAAAUCGUUUCUUCCGCUGGCCCGCUUAUGACCGUUAAUCCUGAGAUUCGUUUUGUUUACGAAUUAUUCAAAGUGAUAUGCAAAUGAGGGCCAGUUCCCUCGGUGGAUGCUGCCGAGGACGGGGGGGGUGAGUGCGAGUCGCGUGAUCUGUACCUCCCAGCGGAGCACCAGCUACUAGACGCUAGCAUAGCAAGUAGGUUGGUAAACUAACUCCGCUUGUGGAGCUUUUCAGUGCAAUCCCUGCACCAGAAAUGCCCAGCUUCCCUCCCACACUUUUUUUUUAAAAUAACACAAAUAUAACUUGACGAACAUCAUCCCCCAUGGCGGGGUGGGGGGAACAUUCUCUUGCAAAGGAGUCUUGAGAUUCCCGAAAGGUUCCUGCCUUGCGUAGAUACGACUUACAGUAGUUGCAGUUAACUUAAAAGCCAAAACAAAUGCAUUAUUGUCAACACUAUUUGUUAUCACGUGCGGUAUUAGAUUAUCCGGGCCAGUUUUGUUACAAUUAUUAAACUACACCGCAGGAUUGUGGAAGGUGGUGGUGGUGGUGGUGGCGGCUUGGGGGGAGGCCUUAAUCUUGCAGUGAAUUGGCCAUGACUAUCGAUGAUGGUCAUUUGAAAACUAAUGCGAAAAUAAAUUUUAAUUAUAUCUCGCAACCUAAACCAGCAGAUCAAUUGGAAGUGUGGCCGUCCCUCGCUCCAGCCCAGCCAGCCAGCCAAACUUGUAAGCCCUUUUAAAAGUUUCCUGUGAUGGCAAAUGCCUGUUGUAGGCCGUGUUCUCACAAUGCAUUGCGUGUUGUGCAAGGGGCGGGGGAGGGAGUCUGCAGCCAUGUGGAUGACUGUUGAAGUUGAAUCUAAUCGAUUCAUAGACUUGGGCUGCUCACGUUGACAACUCUUUAAUCGAAGUUGUUUUAAACUUUGAUUUAGAGAAGAAGGCCUCCUUUUGUGGCCUAGUCACGGCAAAGUCUGUUUGUACCAAACCUAGGGCCAACGCCAAUUUUUUCACGCAGUAGCCAUCAAGUUGAACACAAAAUAGUCUGGGAGGUCGUGUAGGUAACCAUUUUUCAAGAUGUUGCACUUUGUUAAAUGUCCUUUGGGUCUAAACGGGUCUUUUUUUUACACUUGAUGAUGAGAACCCUGUUACUGAAGGAGUUGUAGGCCUCAGGUGAAGCCUGUGUUGGAGGAGGGGGGGAGGGGGAUAGUCUCCUGUGACUGCGGGGGGCUCUCUCCUUAGGGGGGCUGCCCACCUGUCCCUGGUUUUCCCAAGAUUGUCCUCUUGUCGAGGUGGUCACACUGUUGUCCUUUUUUUUCUGCAUCUGGUGACUCUUCCCGGGACAUUAAAACGGCCUGGUUUUUGUCAGUUGUGCGACAUCAACAACAACAAUCCACCACUCAAGGCAACGCAUUCACCUGUCGAUCUCUCCCCUCGUUCCAGGUAUUCGCACGGCAUCCUUCCUCGUGCAAUGUCCCGGAUUUUCGUGACCUCAGGGUGGCAAAAUCCAACCCUCCCCACCCCCCCCCCCCUUAGCUUCUUUCCCCCCUCCAACUGUCCCAAGCAGCCUUACAGACCCUUAGGCCUGCGUUUUAGGUUUGAAUCCUCUCGUCCGUGCGAGUUCCCAACCUCCACCGUGUAUCGUUUCGCCCGAUCGCUGUUCUCCUCCAGAAGAAAGGCCCCUCGGGACUUGUCGCCUUUUUUAAAAAAUGUCUGCCGUUUUGUCUUGUAACUCCGCCAGCGCGCUUGUGUUGACGUGCACGGCCCCCCACCCCGAACGCCACGACUCGCGCUCGGCAACGUUCUGAGGCCAAGCGGUGUCGACGGCAAAGCAAACGUCGCCAGCAACGCAAGAGCACCGUCUGCGACCUGGAAAUUUGGGUGGCUGGAAAAGGAAUAGGGGGGGGGGGCGGGGGGGGCAGACAGAGUUUCCCGGUUCUUUCAUUCAUUAAUUCAAUCACGAAUCUUUUCGGUCUGUUUAUUCACCACCCGGUAACUCGGUCAAUGUAAGCUCUGCUUGUUGGAGAGCAAAAUCUCUCGCUCUCUAUGAAGGGCGGCUUUGCCUCUCCACGUGACCUCUGUCCGCGAUCUGAUUUCGACGUCGGCUCAUCCCAAACUCUGUCACCGCCCAGGGAGGAGCGUGCGAGAUGAUGAGAUUUGUCCGGACGUUUCCGGCGCCGACUGUGCCCCCACCCCCCAUCCGUGAACCUUAGGGGACCCUGAGUUCCGUCGGUAGAUUUUGUGGCGGCGGCAAGCGGCGGGGUGGGGGGGGUUCCUGUUGUGUGUGUGUGUGCCCUGCGUUGUAACGCAACACGCCCUUCCCGCGUGUUGGCGAUUUGUGCACUAACCACUCCUUUGCGUGCCUUGUGUGGUUUGGGGGGGGGUCCAGUGUCUCCUUCACCCUUUGUGAUGACGCGGUUGAAACGGUGGGGUGGGGGGAGGGGCAGACAGCGAUGGCGCAGCGUUUGGGCGCACGUGCGCUACGUACCCGCUGUGGCGUCAGGGGCUGUGACGUCAGGGGCUGUGUGACGUUACGGGCCUAAUGAUCCUCAGCCCACCCCACCCCCGUACACCUAUUGCAUGGCUGUUCAGUGCAUAUCCUAAUGGCCUUGUUUUUUUUAAUACUAAUGAAGGUCAAC